GGCCUGUUCGUUCGCACUACGGUCUGUUCAAAACAAGCGACCUCGCCUUCUCUGGGCGGACACGGGGGCACUCUGCUCUGCGAUGGGCAUCUUGUCGCUGUCAAAACAUGCGAAGAGUGUGGGGUCACUGAGCGUAAACCUGCAGCACGCGGAACACGAUGACCGUAUCAUAGUGGACGGCGGCUUUCUCCUUCACCGCUGCUGUACAAGGAGGACAGCGGCACGCGAUUUAUUGCUACACGACGACGUCGCCCCGCUUGUCAAAGAGUGUGCUGCCGAGGUCUCGCGGUUCGAGUCGCGUGGUUUCAAGGUCACCGUAGUCCUCGAUGGAAGCACUCCGCCGGCGAAGAAGAGCACUUCCGAAGCUCGCAGAACUAAGCGGGAGGCUGCAGCCAGUGAGGCCCGCGAGCUCCAAAGAACUGGGGGCCGGCUUACGGAGAUCAACAAGAAGGCCAGCAAUGCGUGCGUGUUCGACUCCCGCGUCGUCGCAAGGGUUGCGACGCUCUUGCGACCCCAGAUAGCAGGAGAGGUUUACAUCGCUCCGAGGGAGGCCGACCCACAGAUCGUGAUUUUCCAGGACAUCUACCUAGAGACGGGGUGUACUGUGUAUGUUUACGCGAACGAUUCGGACUUGAUCGUCCUCGGUGUUCGAUCGUUGCUGUGGGACGUAAGAGGGACUGAUGCGGGGAAUCUCACGGGGGUGUGCAUCAGGUCGAGGUUGAUAUUCCAACCACCGGAGUGGGCUUUCGCGAUUGACGCCGAAGGCUACGCUUUUCUCCGGCAACUGCACGGGCUUCCCCGCGGGCACACGCCUAACUUACGCGCUUCUCCUCUUACCGAAGCCGCCGCCCGCCGUAGGCUGAGUUUGUUCGCCACUCUCGCCGGAAACGACUUCGCCGAUUUCAAGAACAUCGGCCCUGUCAGGGCGGCCAAGGUGGCCUUUGAAUUGAUCGAACCAGAUCCUCGGGGAACAGCCGCCGUUGUGUCUUUCGAAGCGCUCGUGGGCAACUUGGCAAGGAUCGUCGUGCAGGACUCCAAGGAGGAGGAAACACCAGCGGCCCUAGAGGAGGCGGAGGAAAAGCUCAGGAGGGCUCAUAACAUGUUCCACAAUGCGGUGGUGUGGGACCCGUUGAAGAAUACCCUCCGACAUUUCUCCGGUGCUGCGUCUUCGCUGGCCAUCACCAAAGACACAGGUACCCUGGAGUUUUCCUCUGUCGCCUCUGGCAUAGCAUCGGGGGAAGUUUCUCCUACCACGGGCCAGGUGUGGGCCCCGCCAUUACUGGAGACCCGGAUAGCACAAGAGUUACGCCGUGCUACACGACGGCCGGGUAGCCAGCCGCCGCCGCCGCCGCCGCCGCCGCCGCCGGGACCGACACCUACGCCGGACCAGAGUACGAGCCGGAACAAGCGCUCCCGCAACGCGGUGACUCACGACACCAACAACUACCAUAAACACGGGUUUAGUCGUCUCCCCGGUGCCGAAGAAGACUUCAACAAGUGGACAGUCGCACAGCUACGCGAAUUCCUCAGCGUUUUUAGGUGCCUCGACCACGCCGGUCACAGCGCGUACCUCAAGGGCCCCCUCGCCGAGCUGGCGGGGCAGGUAGUGGCGAUGAUCAAGAAGUGCGGGUUGCUCAACAGCAACCAAGCGUUCCGCCAUCCUGUCCCGGAUCUCAGCUCUUUCCAAGACAAGGAGCGCAUGGUCAUGCCCGAACUACCCGGCCCCCGCUCGCGGAUCAGCGGCUUUGAACAUCUACAGCAGCACCUCCCCGAAAUGUCCAAGUCGGUGAUUCUGCAGUUCCUCGGACAAGUCAACCCCAUCUCUGGCGAGGGUUCGCGGGUUUGGUACAGGGGGAUGCAGAAGGUGAUGGAUAUGGGGAACCUGAACAGGUUGUGGGGCGUCCCGGCCAAGAACGGGUUGAUGUAUCUGGGGAUGAGCGCCGGUGCCUCCUUCUCGGAUACGAAAACGUACGAGGUCCGCAUACAGCUGCGGGUGGAGGCGUUGGACGAGAGCGCUCAUCCCUCGGCAGCGGAGGAGGAGGGGCGCGGGGUAGAAUCUGGGCAAUGGCCGAGACCGCCCCUCGUCGCCCUUGGUGUGGUCGCCGCUCUGUGCGAGUGUCCUGCCGGCAUAAGCGGGGGAUGCUCCCACACUGCAAUGGUCCUCUUCUUGACUCGUCUGCUGCAGAUGACCGAGGACGAACUAGCCACGUUCAACCCAUCUACAUGUACCGGUCGAGCUUGCAGUUGGAUCAUGCAGAACUGUAAGGGGGGCAGGUCUGGAGAGCAGUGUUCGUUGUAUGGAGAACCUCUAUCGCACGGCACGAAUGUGGUCAGGAAAAUGCGGGAUCCCCGGCGGGGCUUUGACGACGACCUUCUGGCGAAGGUGCAGGGAGUAACCGCGAUCGAUCGAAUGCAACACUUCAACCCGCACCCCUCUGGAGGAAAGUGGGAUGAACUGAAGCUCCACUUCGAUGCUGGCAAGGAUUUCAGUAGGUUCAAAAUGGACAAGCUGCUGGCGUUCGUGGAUUGUGCUAGGGGCCCGGAUAACAGAGCAGUCGCCAUGGAUUACCUUCCGCCGCUCGUUCGUGAAGAUUGCGACCUGUAGCUUUGUGGUUCCUUUUCCGUUCAGAGUGUUUUCCGUUCAGAGUGUUUUGUUAGCGGCACUCCAUGUGGCCUCUCUUUGGCGACUUCUACGUAAACCUGUCUAUAGGCUCGACCUUCAAGAAGUUAGUGCAACAAUAUUUUGUGGUAGGUUCAUUUUAUUGGGUGUCAUUUGGGGGGGGGGGGGUCUACGCACGGGUGCCUAUCAUCCGUCCGUCGCGACCAUACACCCCAUUAAUUUGUUGCAAGAUGAAGCGGGGGACAAAGAGCUACCGCUCUCGCUAAAUGCAUGGGUUUCUUUGGCGAGUGCAAUUCUUUGCCUGCCGCCUUCGCUACAACAGACUUUUUUUUUUAGCUCGCUGCACGAGCUGCGUGUAUUCGCACCUGAACACGGCCCUCGUGCCCAUUUUACCGUUCAUCAUGUGUCGACAGAAGAAUCGUGCGAUAUGAUGGAGGGUAAAUAGUGAUAUUCUCCUGUGUUUCCCUGACACGCUUGCCUUCCGUCGACGGAACCCUAACUCAAAACAGAGAAAUAGAAACAGCUAGAGUUACCGGUCGGGGGUUGGUAGGUACCAUGCGAAACCCGAAGCAGUCACUGCUGCCGACCUGCCCUGAACUCAAAUCUGGUAGGAUGGGAUUUAUGGUCAUUGUUCCAGAACUUGAAUACACAGCGAAGUUGUUGCACUGGUUCCAUUUGCUCGGAUGCUCUCUUACAAAAUAUACACCAUUAAGGAGGUGCUCCCCACAAGCGAACACUGACAACCCCGCACUAAGCCUGGGUACCCCUAUAUCUAGCAAGUACAUCACCGUGUACGCUCACUCGCUCAGCACAUCCACCCGCCGAAUAUGUCCGUCUACUCUUGGACGUACUUCUACUACAUGUACUACAUAUAAUUUUCCUCAAACCGCAAAUGGCACAACACCAACAGAACACCACACAACAUGCCCUUCAACAGGAACUCUACCACAAAACCACACAACACGCGCAACAAGGAUGGUAGAGCCAACGCCACGGGGCAGCACAUCCGCGCGCAUACAGCGACACACGCACACACACCGUACACCCCGGUAUCCCUAGCUCCGAAACGGCUGUUGCAUCAAGUUUACCAAAGCAGCCACUACAUGAAAGCACAUCUCCAUACUGAAUCUCGCCGUUAACCUUGAAGGGUGGCGCGCAAUAGUGAAUACCCUCCCUUAUCAGCAAAGGCGAGAUGGAGUUGAAACCCUUGUCGGCCAUCACUUUGAAACCCAUGUUAGAUAGACCGUUUUCCCUCAUAGCGUCGACGAGACCAGACUUGCGAACGACCUCAACGUCACUCAUCCUCCCUGGGUACGCGGGUCCGAUAUAGCAAAUGGCACCCCCGGGGGUUAUCGCUACAAGAACUUUAGCCGUGUGCCUGCCCUUGUACGUGGAAAAAGACACAAAAUUCAUGUUUGUUUGCCACGACUUGGGGAUCUCUAUCUCCGUGGCAUCCAACGCCAACGCGCAAUUCUCAUAACCUAAGUCCUCGAAGUUCUUGGGGAGAAGGUCGACGACCUCUUUCGCCGAAGGCAACCGUAUGACAGGACGGAGGCUGCGAUAGAGGAAAUUCAGCCACGUCGUGAAAGCCCUCCCCCCGGUACUCUCGUGCACACCGAAUAGAGUCGACGCCACAACCAGCGGCAUCGCCGUGCGCAACACCAUCAACGUAAAAAAUAGUCCGUUGACACCACGAAAAGUCUUGAUUCGCUGGCUGUUUCCACCCGCUGAAACGCCUGCCCGUUCUCGCUGAUCGAAAAACACCAUGUUCUCCGCAGCGCCGUCGGCGUUCGCGAACUCGUACAGCUUCUGCAGGGUAGGGGCGGGGAGAUGGGAAAAAGGGAGAAAAUAGCCACGGAUUAUGCCGGUGAAGAUUUUGUGGGCGGCUACGUGGUCACAGCGGCGGAGCAAUGCCGAUUUUCGGCCGAAAGCGAAAUGUUUGAGCAGAGGCGUCCGCGGCUUGAGCGGAGGCGAUAAAACUACAAGCAAUGACCGGCGGGAAUUCCAACAUACCUUGGUCCUAAUUUAGCGGUAGCCCGUCCUAUUUUUCUUUAUGCGUUAACACGACUUUUCGC